UUACAUCUAUCAGUAUGAUCCUUGCUAAACUGGUUCGAAUUCGUUCAUUAAGAUGUGGGAUGUUUUUGCUCGCCUGUAUUGUGUUAGCUCUGAUGGUACUUGAGACUGUGCUCUGGUUACCGAUGAAUUCUACCUUGAAACUGACUCCAAAAAAGAACUCGAAAACUACCCAUAUAUCAGGCCACCGAACUGAAAUCAAAUGCAAGCCUCACAGACCAGAUCGACAUGGUAUAAAGCAAAUUAUUGAACAUUAUGGACCGUUAGGACUUAUCGAAAAUAGGACUUGUGACGACACUCAUUACCCAGACAUCUGCGCGUUCCAUAAUACAGAGUCUGGAGACCAGACCCUGUCAUGUAACCCAAAGGUUUGUGGCUCGUCCGCGGUUCGAAUAGCUUCUGUUGAUCCUAAAAUGGGAAAAGCUGUGACAAAGUGGAAACGAUUGUCGAAAAAACAAAUCGAUCGAACAGUUCGAACGGCCGUCAAAACCAAUUUAGAAAGAGGAUUUAGUUUUCUUUUCCUAAGAUGUGGAGAAAUUUUCCAAGUGCUCAGCUUUCCUCCGGUCUUGAAGAAAGUCGACGGCGGCCAAAAGAGAACUAAAAUAAAUUUAAAUGUAAUUCUGUUAGACUCUAUCUCCAGGCCGCAUUUUUACCGAAUUCUUCCAAGGGCUGUAGAGGCUCUGCACGAUAUUUCACACAAUCCAAAGAUUCAGGCUACCGCCUUGGACUUUGAACUUCUCCAGAGCAUCGGACAACAGACAUUUGAAAACAUGAGGCCAUUCUUCUGUGGCGUCGUCGAAGACGAUAACAAAGUUACUGCCUCUGCAAAAAACACCAAAGCCUCCCUGGGUGUGGAGGUGUUGUAUGGGACCUUCAAGAAAUGGGGCUACCAGACGUUCUUUCAAGAGGAUCUUUGUUGGUAUGAUAUUUGGGGGAGUGCUUUAACAGACAUUGGUAAAAGAGCAACACCUCAGUCGGGUUCUGAGUUCAGAGAAAGGUGGAAGGAAUUUCAAGACAAGGUGGCCAAGAAACAAAUUGACCAUCAGGGUAUUACGCACUUUUCAUGCACGGCGUUAGAAAAGAUUCUGAGGAGGACCAACCAUUUUGAUUUUCCCCAGAAAAUCUGUUUAAAUGGCAGGUUUUACAGUUGGUAUUUCAUGGACUACAUAACAAAAGUGUACACGGCUCUUAGAAGCGACGAAAAAGCCAAACCUUUGCUUUCCUACACACAUUUUAAUACUGGACACGAGACUAAUGGUAAACGGAUGAUCAACAUGGACGCCAACAUGGCCAAAUUCUUCAAAGAUAUGGCUUCUUUCCCCGAUACUCUUACGUUGAUAUUAUCCGACCACGGUCACACAAGGACUCCGUUUCGUAACACAAAAGAGGGAGGCAAAGAGUUGUACGAUCCAGUAUUCUUUAUGAUUGUACCUGAUGGCAUUAAGGAAAAACUUGGUCCACGAAGGAUGAACGCGCUGGUCACAAACCAAAAGCGCCUUUUCGCGCUUAAAGAUGUACACAAAGCGUUCAUGAGUUUGUAUGAUCCUCAAAAAAUGGACUCUGAUGAUUAUUCAGUGACAGGAAUCUUUUCAGAGAUUUUAGCAAACCGCACAUGCGCAGACCUCGAUAUGCUUCCCUUGACCAGAUGUAAAUGUGAAGGUUUUAACAAAGAAAUUGAGAUCAAAGAAAAUGCAGAUGACUACAAGUGGCUGGCAGAAUUUGCAGUUGGACAUAUAAAUAAUGCAAUACAAAGGCAACAUAGGGAAGGUAAGAUGUAA